AUGAUUGGAAGGUAUGAGUUGUUGGCGUACGUGAACGGCUUCAUCAACAGCGCGCAAGCUAGCUUUGGCUUCGAAAUGCCCGACGCUGCGGCAAGCGCUGCAGCCUGCAGCACGCAUCCUCGACACGCCUUGCCUUCGCCGUUGGACGACUGGCCAACUCCCUCGACGAAUCAGGUUAAUCUUCGUUUCAGCAUUUUUCAAGAAGUCGGCACCAGUCACGUGGUGAAAUGGCACAACCAAGACGCCUGUCUUGCUCCCAAACCAGCAUCGGAACCGUUUCUGGUCAAGGACACUGAGACUGACUGGUCAUUCUACGCGGACGUUUCGUGGACUUCACAGGACAGAACAUUCAGCGUGGAAGGCAAGAACGGUGACCUUUGCAUUCCCCAAUCAGAGUUGAGAAUGAAUGAGUUGUACAAGGCCACCAUUUUCGCCAACGACUCCACGUCGAUUGCGAGCCGCACACACAAGAUCACCCUGAUGCAGGAGGUCACGGUGAAACUGUCGAUUGGGUGA